GACCCACGAGUACCCUCACGUGCCCUCACUUUACCGUCGACGUGAUCGUCGCUCGAAAGGCAUUUGAAGGCUGGCGAUCUUUGCAGACACUGAAAGGAGACCGCUGCCCUAGAUGAGAAGCCGAAGUGACUCUGGAAUCCUGUCAAAGUGAAGCUAUGGAGGAAGCUUAUGCCGAGCACCCUCAGGUGCCCUCACUUUACCGUCCAUGUGAUCGUCGCUCGAAAGGUAUUUAAGGCUGGCGAUACCCCUUCGAACCAUCUUCGGACAUCCAACAUACACUUCGGCACUUUAAUCCUGGCUCAAGUGUUAUUACUUCGAGAUACCUCCUAUUCCAGGCUGUGCCCAAUGCUACAAUCUCUGCCCUUCGUUGGUGACAACCUGGACCACCUUGUGAGCCUUUAGCACUAUUCCGUAGCAGCUUGGCUCGAUUAAG